CCGUAUCAUCCCCAUCUUUCUCUCUCUAAACCCGGAUUCUCUCUCUCUAAGAUACAGAGAAUCGAAGGAGGCGAAUUGGAGAAAUCGUUCUCUAUCCUCUUUCUCUCCCAGCAACUGCAAACUACAAAAUUUUCAAAAACCUAUAUAUUUCAUCUUUCAGUUUCCAUCGCCGGCUGUUCCAGUUCGGGUUCGCCGUUCGCAAGCUUCAGCCGCUGGCCCGCUGUCUCUCGACUCUCAAGCUUGCCCCCCUCUCUCUCUGCAACUGGUAACCUGUAUGUAUGGGUUUGUUUUAAAUUUUUUUCUAAAUCAACUAAUCAAGGUCUGCAAUUCUUGUUUUGCAAACUAAAUCCUAUUUGGUGAAAUUUUUUAUGAUCUUUUUUAUAUAAUUUUUUGUUUUACAAUUUAAAGUAACAAAAUUUGCAUUGCAUUUUCUACAUUUUAUUUCAGCAAAACAAUUUUUUUUUUUUUUUUUUUAAUUUUAUUUCUAUAACAUUUUUUUUUUUUUUUGGUCUACUAAGAAAAUUUGAAUCUGGACAUGAAAAAAAAAAAAAAUCUGAAUUGGAUUAGAAAUCUGCAGAGAUUGAAUCUGGAACAAAUUUUAUCAACAUGCCAAGCUUUUUGAAGAUGGAAAUCUUUUCAGAACUAAAAAAAAAAAUCAUAACAAGAACUUUGACAAGCAAAAGGGUAAAACUCUAAAGUUACUUCUUGAAAUUUAAAGUACUUACAAAAAGCAUGCUUUUGAAUGAAUUCCAUAGUGUUGGAAGGGGCUUGCCAUGAACUACCUUACACUCUGCUUCCUCUAGUAGAUUCUCAAAUAGGAUUAGUAAAUUGGUGAAAAGAAGAGAUAUAGGGUACUGAGUGGUGAAUUGUUCAGAAAUAAAUCAGUAAUUUUUUUAAUUAAUUACCCAAAUAGGAUUUUCUAUUCCUUAAUCAGUCAAUUGUCUAAAGAAACAUUGGUAAUUAACUAAAAUUGAAUUAAACAACAGUUGAUUUUGGUUGAUAUAUUUUGAUUUAGUCCACCCCAUUGAGAAAUCCUGGAUCCGCCACUAGUGAAGAUUUAUUUUUAAUACUCUCUCUAUAUGUGUGAUGCUAUGAAAGUUAUUAGGCAAUUAAGAUUUGUAGUUGAAAGUAGGGUCUGUUUGGUUGAUGAGAAAGCCGGAACAGAAUUGAGAAGGAUAGUUUAGGUCUUUAUUUGAUUUAUUAUUUCUCAUAUUUCCUUCUCGGUGUUUUUUUUAUUCCUAUGGCUUCUCGAGAAUCAAACGGGAUAUUGUGCUACAUUUGGUACCCAAAAAAAAAAAAAAAAAGAGAAAUUCAAUCAAGUUAGAUAGAGGGUUUAAGUCUUCCAAGAGAAUUGUGGGUCUUAUUUGCUAAGAAAUUCUUUUAGCAGUUUAAGGAACUUUUUUUUCUUUCUCUCAUUCCAUUGAGGAUAAAAUGCAGUAUUUUUAUUUCUUUAGAUUGCUAUAUACUUAGAAACUGUAUUAUUGUCAUAUUGUAUGUGUUUGUGUGUUUGACUUGAUUGAAAUCUAGCAUUUAUCAUGUCAUAAGAUGUUAAUUUGUCACUGCGUGGUAUAAAUUCAUUGUUCUGUUGAUUUUUUUAAUAUAUAUAUAUAUAUAUAUAUAUAUAUAUAUAUAUAAAUUCGUUGUUCUGUUGAUUUUUUUUUUAAUAUAUAUACAUUUAUUAAUAUUUUGUUUACAUCCUUAUGUAUCCCGAAACUGUAUUUCUGUUUGUGUGUGUUCAUCUCAAUUUGAGUUUGUAAAAUUCUGGUAAAUUUAGUGUUUAUCAUGUUUUACUUACUUCUUUGGAUGUUAUCGUUGCAGUGUUAAAAGGAAAUUGUAGAAAGCAUUUAUUCUCUCGUGUCACUUGAAGAAAUUACAUCCUUUUUGUUUGGAUUAGUUAACAUUCGAUAGAUAAAAUAAUUACGGCUAAUGGUGUAUUUGAUUUAGUUCAUAAGAUAGUGAAUAAGCUUCUAAAUGUUAUCUCAUAUUGUUGUGUUGAAUAAGUGGAAAUUUUUUAUUCUUUCGAUCCUGCAAAUUCGAAAAUAGGUUAUUUUCGAAUUUGAGGUAUGAUAUAGAAUUUUAGGAGUAUUUCAUAUUUAUGAAUUUAUACUGGGGUGAUGGGCACUUAGGAAAUACAUUUGAUGUUUGUGUCAUAGAAUCAUAGUUUAUGGUCCAACUACAAUUGGCGCCUUGGAUUUAUAAUAGAAAUUUUGACUUGACAUUAUCUCUUUGCAUAAGAAGUUUUAUUAAUAACACUAAGAGGCCCCGUUAAGAUUUGAUCUCUUUUUUCUUGUAAGAAUGUGUCAUGCAUGAUGAUAAAUGCUUGUAACUAUCAUAUUGCUUUGUUAGUUCUUCUGAUGGAGUUGGAUGAGGCAAUAAAUUUGAAUGUGUGGACCACGUAAGAGAAAUUGCGGUAACCUUGUUACCCAUGGACUUUCCAAGUAUUAGCAAAUUGAAGAUGAUUAAUUUGACUUAGAAGAAGAUGGGGGUUGAAUGUAUUUUGUUGGGUAGCGAAAUUUGUUUCAUUCUUAUGUCAUUCCUUUUUAAAGUUGUUGUGCCCUGCAUGGGGAUAUUCCUAGCUGGUCUGUCCAUCUUGGGCUGCAGGUAUUCAAUUGACCAACUAGACCUAGCCAUCUAGGUAGGUUCUCCGUGUCCUUGUUCAUUUGAUGGGAUUUUUGUCUGUGCAAGAGGUGGAUUUGCAGGCACUAAUAAAGAUGCCUGUUUCUCUUUUGUUCUGUAAACCACGAUACCUUAAUUGAAAUACUAUGAUUUAUCUAUUAUUCGCCUUAGUUUUCCCAAGGUCAACUCAAUCAAACUAAGCUUUGUCUGAACGUAAACCACGUGGAAUGUUAGGUUAUUGUUACAUUAACGAUGCCCUUGGCUGUAGUAGUGAUGUAGGCACCAGAACGUCUUAGCUUCUCAAUGUUCUAAAAGUUGGUUCCUUAUGAAAUUAAAGGUCUAAGAUGCAGAAGCUGGAGCUAUUGACCUGCUAAGCCAAAGUCCUUCUUCCCAUGCAUAAUCCCCAACUCCUUACAAUUCCAAAAUCAUCAGAAACCGUUUAAAUCAAAAUAAGAGUUACUGGAGACAAACUACAGUAAUCUGAGGAUGGAUUUUGUCUCUGGGAACUAAAGGACUGGGUUUAUGGAAUGUCCUUACUUUCUGUCAAGCAGGCUAUGAAGUUGUCACUUUCUCUGUCCUAAAUCCAACCAGUUUAGAUAAGAGUGUGUGAAAGUCAAAUGAGCUAGAGUUUUUCUAUUGAAGAGAAGCCCAUGGAGUUUUCAUGAUAACAGAAGUUGUUUUGGGCAAGUCUCGGUUAUUGAAGACUUGUUACAGAAUCGCAUAUUGAGGUUGGGGCGUCCAUUGGUGGUGUCCAAUUUAGAUGGAUUUGGACUUCUUCAAGAAUCAAGUGAUCAUUCAAUGGUUACUAUCCACAGCUGGAGGCUUUGGAGUUCCUCAGUGCUGCGUUGUAGUUAUUAUUUGGGAUUCUUAUAGAUCUACUUGUUUGAUGACUCCUUCUCUUGUUGCUGAAUGGAGCUGUUCAACCCAAGUUGGAUUAUGUUGCUGAUUUCAAUUGGUCUGCGCAGUUUGCGAGAAAGCAACAUUUAUGGAGUUUGCCUGCUUGGGUGGGCAACUAAAUAAAUUUAAGUUUUAGAGCCCUUGCUAAACUUUUUCCAAAAUGCAGGUGCUUCUCAUAGCCAGCUGUUAGAUAGUUUUAGUUUCAUCGAGAAGAUUUCAAUGGUGGAGCUAGCAGUUGAUCAUUCUGUGGUGUUACACUUUGAGCCCGAAAACCUGCAACUCAAAACUAGUGAAGAGCAUAACACACAGGUUGCUAUGUCAGACUCUCAGCACGCUCUCAGAGAAUUCAUGUCAACAGAAGCGACAUAUCUUCCAAAUGCCAUUGGCAUUGAAUCGCUGGAUAAAGGAUGCAUGCAGUAUGGGUGUACUCAUUAUCGACGAAGGUGUCGCAUUAGAGCUCCGUGUUGCAACGAGAUUUUUGAUUGUCGUCAUUGUCAUAAUGAGGCAAAGAACAAUAUAAAUGUUGAUCAGAAACUUAGACAUGACAUUCCACGCCAUCAAUUGCGACAGGUCAUAUGUUCACUCUGUGGUACUGAACAAGAGGUUCACCAAGUUUGUAUCAACUGUGGUGUUUGUAUGGGAAAAUACUUCUGUGAGACUUGUAAGCUGUUCGAUGACGAUACAUCUAAAAGCCAGUACCAUUGUGAUGGGUGUGGUAUUUGCAGAAUUGGCGGGCGAGAGAACUUCUUUCAUUGCUACAAAUGUCGAUGCUGCUACUCAGUUCAUUUGAAGAACUGCCAUCCCUGCGUGGAAGGAGCAAUGCACCAUGACUGCCCUGUUUGUUUUGAGUAUCUAUUUGAGUCGAGAAAUGAUGUUACUAUUAUGCCUUGCGGGCACACCAUUCAUAAGAACUGCUUGAAGGAGAUGCAGGAACACUUCCAAUAUGCUUGCCCUCUCUGCUCCAAGUCGGUCUGUGAUAUGUCAAAGGUAUGGGAGAAAUUUGACGUGGAGAUUGCAGCUACACCCAUGCCAGAACCUUACCAAAACAAAAAGGUUUGCAUCCUCUGCAAUGACUGCGGAAAUACAUCAGAAGUGCGGUACCAUGUUGUGGCUCAGAAAUGUCCCACCUGUCGAUCAUACAACACCCGACAAACAAGAUGAAGUUGCAGUGGCUGUUUAAUUGGCAAUGACGAUGACGAUAAAUACACCAUCAUGCAUCAUGGAAAUACCGUUCAUUAAUUCUUUCUGUCUUCCAAGCCUCAUUAACGGGGAAUUUGAAGGAGUGGCGUUGUGGUCCUGCAUCUUGUGCUGUCGGAGGAAUGCCCCUGCAUCUUGUGCUGUCGGAGCUCUUGGACCGUCGAUUCUCUUGCAUCAAUUAGUUCCUGUUUGUUCCUUCUGGUCUUUUUCAUUGAUGUUGUCUUCUAAGCUCCACCAUGUAGGGUGGUUGUGCCAAAUGUUGUCUCUCUCUUUAUCAUUUCUCAUUUCUCAUUUCUUUUAUUCUUUUGUAUCUUUGGAGCAUAUUACCUUUCUGAAAAAAUAAAGAAUGGUGCAAAGUUCUUUGCUGGUU